CUAACAUACGCCCAUAAAAAGUAAUCAACAUCACUUCUCGAAAGGGGACUUCAUGGCCCCAGUUUCAUUGAGACUUUUCCUCCGAACAAUUCGUGUCACUAUUAGAACCCGCACAACCUAAAUCGUCAAGCCAUGGGUCUGAACAAAUGAACGACUUCAUCAUUUCAUUAUCUACGAGAGGCUGCUCCCAAUGAUACACCAUCUACCAAAGCUGCAGCAUACCUUCCGGCACAAGAUAAUCACGAGGGGACCACUCCAUUUUCCAUCUCACAGAUUGCCACCAAAGCUGAACCACCUGUACGACAUCUUCACAUCACAGCUCCACGAUGACUCUGAAGAACAAUCUGCGCCAAAUGACUCCGAUCCCAUCUUCCUAGCAGUCGACAUCUCAGUUUGCGAAUCAACCAAAACCGUUAUCGAGAUCGGUGCAGCAUACAUGGACAGUCGCUACCUUCGAGAUGAUAUCGAUGUACAUUGCCACCACCUUAUCCAAUCUCACAAUUAUGUCAUAGGUUUGCCAAUUAAGUCAGGGCUUCCAGAAAGCAAACUACAAUCUGCCAUAUGCAUGUGGAAAAGGAAGCAAAGGCGCGCGGCAUCCCAAUUCGACUACAAUGCCAGGGCUGUUGUUCCUUACAAUAGGUUGUAUCAACUACUACAGCGAAUAUUUUGCCAUGAGUAUGGCACGGAACAAACGCAUGCUUGCUGUAGAUCGAAGCAUUUCAAGAUACUCAGGCUGGACAACGAAAGAAAUACAUUGACUCCACCAGCCGAAACAUGGCGCCCAUUGGUCAUAGUUGGCCAUGGAAUCCGAAGUGAUAUGGACAUAUUGAGAAGGUUGGGUUUUGCACUACAGGCACCUGUGCAAUAUGUAGACACCAUGGAGAUCGCAAAGGCUCUCCGCCAUUUCUUGCGCCAGCGCGAACCGAAGCACGGUCACUCGUUGCGUGAACUGUGCUACGGAUUAGGAUUCCGUCCUACAGGAUGGCAUGUCUCUGGUCGCGAUGCGUUAUUUAGCAUGGUUGCUCUAAUGAAAAUGGCUGCGACCAUGUUUGAAAAGGAUCAAAGCAGCAAAGGUCGCCAGACGGCAAGCAAGCUGCUACACGCUAUCAAGAACACAGAUCCACUUGUACAUUGGGAAGCUUCUCGCAAGGCUCCCUGAUCUUCUUGGUUACCAUGUAUUAAUUUUACAACUGUAUUUCUGCUGUAUCGGUAGACAUUUAUGUGCAACGAAUAGAUCCCGACUUGUACAUGGCUAUGACCCGAUCUAGCA